AGAAUCUCGAGUGGAUAAACCCUAAAUUAAUCCUUAGCAAUGGACAUGCACGAAAAUGGUGCCAGUAGCGCCCACGACGAGAUUGGUGAAGAGGUGAUCGAUGACUCGACGAUGAGACGGCAUGCGACGAUGGUGGGAGAUGACGAUCAUUGACAUAGCGUUGCUCUGACGUGUGACGAACUUGAGCGGCGCCUGCAGGGCCUAGGCACAGUGACGGGGAGUUUUGGGCACCUCCGGUAAUGAAACGAUGGAGUUUCGCCGAGGUGGAAAGACAGCAGAAGACGCCGUCAGGAACCUCCGUUUUUGGAGGCAAUUUCGGUAGCAUACGACGUUCCAAUCGCGGCUUCGCCCUUCCUCUCUACCUCUCUGCGGGCGUCCUCUCCUCGCUUGGUUCUCUGUAUUACUAUUCAUUGCGCUCGCGGUUUAACAUCUUCAGCAUGGGGGCUUCUGGCGCAGUUUUCGCCUUCCUCUCCGCAAUCCACAUGCUCGACCCUUACGCACCUUUCCAGGUCUCUUUGGAGGGUUUGUUCUUCAAGGACCCGGGACUAUAUCCUGCCUGGGGAAUACUUGCGACGAUUGUCGUAUUCGAUCAGGUUGUGGGCUUCUUCGUGAAGUCUAUGAAUACAACGGCACAUCUCGGUGGUGCUAUCGUUGGUGUAGUGGGCGUUUGGAUCUGGAAAGAUCUCUGGGGGAGGAAGAUAAGCGGACACGAGGAGAGGAGAGCUCAAAGGAUGCGAAACACGUCAUCUUGAUGGUAGCUGAUCUAAAGCUCGGCUAGCAAUGAGAUACACCGGGAAGGGCAAUGCUCGCACCCCAAAGAAAAAAGAGAAUAACAAUCCACGAUUUAUGGAAUG